AUAUCCAAAAUUUUAUGUGGAAAAUGGAAGUCAUCGUGAAGAGUUGUUGCUUAGUCCAGCCUGCAGAACCCACAUGGAAUGGCCCCUUCUCCUUGUCCGAAUUAGACCAAAUUGGUGUUUUAACUCAUGUUCCGACCAUUUAUUUCUAUAAACCAACCAAAAAUUGGCUUACUCCAGAGCACACCAUUAUCAAAACUCUCAAAAAUUCACUCAGCAGGGUUUUGGUCCCAUUUUAUCCAUUAGCAGGUCGUUUGUGCUGGCUGGACGGAGAUCGACUCGAGCUCAACUGCAAUGCUGAGGGCGUUCAGCUCAUCGAAGCCGAGUGCGAGGCAAAAUUGGAUGAACUUGUUAAUGAUUUCGCCCCAUCUCUUAAAUUCGAUAACCUUAUUCCUCAUGUAAAUUACCAUACUCCCAUUGAAAAAAUCCCUUUGAUGAUUGUGCAGCUCACUAAAUUCCAGUGUGGUGGGAUUACUCUAAGUUGGACGAUAUCGCACGUGGUGGCUGAUGGCCAAAGUGCGGUUCAUUUCAUCUCCGAAUGGGCCAGGCUAACUCGCGGAGAACCAUUACAGGUCGCACCUUUCCUUGAUCGGAAAGUAUUGCGUGCUGGGGAACCUCCCGUGCGAAAACCUCGUUUUGAGCACUUCGAGUUCAAUCCUCUACCGUUCUUGAUUGGCAAAUCAAGCAAUGAAAAUGAGAUGAAGAAGAAAACUACAAUUGCCAUGUUGAAGUUAACAAAAUUCCAAGUGGAAAAGCUCAAGAACAAAGCUAACAGAAAGCGAACUAGCGAUGAUAUUGGACGCGCUUAUUCGCGAUAUGAGGCUAUAGCAGGGCAUAUAUGGAGAUGCGCAUGCAAGGCUCGCCAGCAUGCUUACGAGCAGCCAACUUCGUUGAUAAUCUGCAUGGACGUCCGCAAGCGAGUGCAGCCACCGUUGCCUCAAAUGUACUUCGGAAACGCAAUUAUGGACGUGGUUGCAACGGGAUUAUCCGGCGAGCUGGUAGCCAACCAGCUCAACUAUGCUGCAAGAAAAGUACGAGAAGCAAUCGAUAGAGUGACGAGUGAGUAUGUGCAUUCGACCAUUGAUUUCUUGAAAAAUCAGAAAGAGUUUUCUCGGUAUCAAGAUAUCCAUGCCAUAAGGAAUAACGUUGGGCCUUUCUAUGGAAAUCCAAAUAUUGGAGUUAUAAGCUGGAUUGCACUGCCAAUGCACGACCUGAAUUUUGGAUGGGGAAAAGAAAUAUUGAUGGCUCCCGGAACCCUUGAUUGUGACGGUGAUUCGUUGAUCCUCCGUGGUCAGGACGGGGAUGACUCUCUGGUUGUGUCGCUGUGUCUUCAAGUUGACCAUUUGAAAUCUUUCAAAAAAUUCUUCUAUGGAGACAUUGUAACUGAUAACUAAGAUUAUUGAGGAGCAGAGUUACGUUUAAGAAUUGAAUAAUACACACAUUUUCAGUGUGACCUUAAUUUUAAUUA